GCGAGCCCCCAGCCCAUGGUGGGCCAGAGCCCCCUGAGCCCGGAGCUCCUGGCCGUGCCCCUGGAGCCCUUCGUGCACCAGGUGGGCGGACACACGAGCAUGCUGCGCUACGACGAGCACACCGUCUGCAAGCCGCUCGUGUCGCAGGAGCUGAGCUUCUACGAGUCGCUGCCCUGGGCCAUGCGGCAGUUCACGCCCCAGUACAAAGGUGUUGUCUCAGUGCACCUCAAGAAGGACAGCCUGGGCAACCUGACCCUGGUGGCCAGCCCUGGCACCGAGCACGGGCUCGUCAAGAGGAGCCACACCCAGGGCACCAAGACCUUCCGAGACAGCUGCUCGGGGAAGGUGCUUUUGAGAACAGACCUUCAGUACCACACAGACUCCCUUUUGGAAGAUGCAAAUGGAAACCAGCCAGAAAGAAAGAGCUACAACCCCUGGGGACUGCACUGUCACAGGCAGCACCUGAACCGCAUGUCCUCCAAGCACAACGAGAACAAACUUCAUCGUAUCCUUUCUCCUCCCUCCCCUCCAGCACAGUCCUGGCUGCAAAUAACAGCUUGGAAUCAAUGCAUGGUGUAUUGCAGGGGGACACUCUGCACAGACUCUGGGAAAAUGCAGAAUGUUCUCUGUCAUUUUUUGCCACUGCUUAAAAAAAAAAAAAAAAAGAAAAAACCCAGUUCCCAUAAAGAGUUCUCAGCAGAAGCAUUCCCGCUCUCCCCCCUGCAGGUUUACCAGGCGGACACUGGCCAUUUCCUGUGCAAAGACAAGUAUUUUGGCAGGAAGCUCUCCCCGGAGGGGUUCCGGCAAACCCUGCGCCAGUUCCUGUCCCCCGGGAACCAGCUGCGCACGGACCUGCUGGAGCCCAUCAUCCUGCGGCUCAAGGCCCUGCUCUCCGUCAUCAGGAAGCAAAGCUCCUACAGGUUCUACUCCAGCUCCCUCCUCAUCAUCUACGACGGGCAGGAGCCCAAGGAGAGCGCGGCCCCCUUGGAUCAUCACCUUCCCCUCCCGAAAACACACGGCGCGAACCCCGCCAGGGUCGACGUGCGGAUGAUUGACUUUGCCCACACCACCUUCAAGGGCUCCAAGAGCAGCCCCACCCCCUACGACGGGCCGGACCACGGCUACAUUUUUGGCCUGGAGAAUCUCAUCAAAAUCCUUCAGAGCCUCUCAGAAGGAAAAUGAGAAUUUCUGUGGAACAGCCUGGAUUUCCUAGUGACCGAUAGCCCUGCAAAUACCGCCCGGGGUCAGCCGGGUGGGACCCCCCGGGUGCUGGACACCCCGUGCCCGGCGUGGAAUGAGCAUGGAUUGCUCGGGAAGUGCUGAAAACUCCACAUGCCAUUACUGAGCUGAAGCGUGAAAAGCAAAGAGCUGGGAGAAUCUGCUCUCUCUGCCAUCCAUCAGAAGAUUUAUUUUCCUCUCUGGUUUUACUGCUAUCCUUGAUUUAUUUGUGAGCCAAAGAAAGCAUUACUUGGAAGAGUCUUAAUGAUAAACCAGGACCUGCUCACCCCGACGCUCACGAAGCCGAGCGGGCCGAGGGGAUUCUGGGUGUUUGGGGCAGGAAUGAACAGACUGCAGUGUUCCAUUCAGCUCCUGCUCCAUGGGGGAGAAAACCACACCCCAGCAUUCCUGCUGCACCUGCCCAGCGCCGUGGGAUGGUCGGGGUUCUCUGUGCAGGGGUUCAAACACACCUUGAGGUGCUGCAGAGAGUCUGUGCAGCUCCAGGAGACCAAGAACUGCCCCCUCACCAAGCUUUGACAUCCCUGCAGGGUUAUAACAGGGCGUGUUUUAGGAAUUUUCUAAGUAAGGGGCUGAAAUGCGAUGACUCUGUCAGGUAUCAGUCACAAAAAAACAUUCACAUCAAGGGAUUUUUGCUUAAUAAAAGGAAAAAAUAAAAAGAAAAAAAGUGUGAGACUGAGUCAGGGACUGGACGUCAAAGGUCACCCAGAAAUUCUUUGAUAUAAAUAUUGUGUGUGUGUGUGUUUGAAAGAGAGGAUAACAAAAGACUCAAAAUAAUGUUUACAGCUUUUGUGGACAGCUUUUAUUAUUAUUAUGGAACAAAAUAUAAUUCCUUCCUGCAUGAUGUGGGAAACCUGAAGGAGAAGUUCCUUGCACAAGGAAUUGAGCUACAGAACUCCAUUACCGGGGAAUGGGGAUAUAAAUAAAAUUGUCUGAGUAACUCUCA